GUGGCUCUCGUUGAAGGCGGCAGAUCGACGACUCAUCUCUGAAACUUACUGAAGUCUUUCCCAAACUGUGGAUAUUUCCUACCUUCUUGUUUGGUUCCAGACAUUUAGAAAACCAUUCGGAUUAACUUUUUUGGAAGCAGGAAUAACUUGUUUUCCUAUCAAAAGUGUCUGCCUCCAGCUCAGGUCCACAUGCUCUGCUUUGUGAGUGCUGCUUGGCCCUCUGAGCCUGAAGGUGCUGGUGUGUCUGGACUAGGCUGCAGCUGAAGCACACAUUCAUUGACUGCUACACCUGGUGUUGGUGGUGGUGUCGGUGCCUGCGGUGGAAGCAGGUGGAGGGGCCUGUCCUUUCUGAGCCACACGAAGAUGAACAAACUGAACUUCCACAACAACAAAACCAUGCAGGACCGCCGCUGCGUAUGUGUCUUUUUGCCCAAUGAUGACACGCUCAACGUCAUAGUCAAUGUGAAGACUUUGUGCCAGGAACUAUUGGUGCAGGUGUGUGACCUCCUGAGGCUGAAGGACUGUCACUUGUUUGGACUCAGUGUUAUUCAGAAUAAUGAACACAUCUAUAUGGAGUUGGAUCAAAAGCUAUCCAAAUAUUGCCCCAAAGAAUGGAAGAGGGAAGCCAGCAAGGGCAUAGACCAAUUCGGGCCUCCGAUGAUCAUUCACUUCAGAGCUCAGUAUUAUGUAGAGAAUGGGAGACUGAUCAGUGACCGGGCAGCCAGGUACUACUACUACUGGCACCUAAGGAAACAGGUGCUGCUGUCUCAGUGCAUCCAAAGAGAAGAGGCCUACUUCCUCCUGGCAGCCUUUGCCCUGCAGGCUGACCUCGGAAACUUCAAAAGAAACAAGCACUUUGGGAAGUACUUUGAACCUGAAGCCUACUUCCCCCCAUGGGUGAUUGCAAAGCGGGGCCGCGAGUACAUCCUGAGGCAUAUCCCCAACAUGCACAAAGACCAGUUUGCUCUCACAGCUUCAGAAGCUCAUCUCAAAUACAUCAAGGAGUGCGCCCAGCUCGAUGAUGUCACUGUCCACUACUACAGACUCUACAAGGACAAGAAGGAAGUAGAGGCGUCCCUUACACUUGGACUGACUUUACGUGGUAUCCAAAUAUUUCAGAAUGUCGGGUCUGUGAGGCAGCUCUUGUAUGACUUCCCCUGGACCAACGUGGGAAAACUUGUAUUUGUGGGGAAGAAGUUUGAAAUACUCCCUGAUGGCCUCCCCUCAGCCCGCAAACUCAUCUACUACACGGGUUGUCCUGUUCGCUCUCGCCACCUCCUGCAGCUGCUCAGCAACAGCCAUCGGCUCUACAUGAACCUACAGCCUGUUCUCAAACAAGUCCGACGACUGGAGGAAAAUGAAGAGAAGAAGCAGUACAGAGAGUCUUAUAUCAGCGAUGCUCUCGAGCUUGACAUGGAGCAUCUUGAUAAACGUUCUCGGGCCAGUGGCAGCAGUGCAGGAAGCGUGUCUCAUCACAAACGCCUGUCCCGCCACUCCACCACCAGCCACGGCAGCUCUCACACCUCAGGCAUUGAGACAGACAGCUUCAGGGCCCCAGGUCAGGCCCCUCAUAGGCCACUAAGAACCUGCAGCUCAUCCACAACCAGUCAUGGGAGCUCGCACACCUCCGGCAUAGAGAGCAGUGGCAAGGAGCGAAUGCUCGAUGAUGAUGAAAUAGAGAUGCUGGUCGACGACCCCAAAGACUACGAGGAGCUUCACGAGAUGGCUCUGGACCAGGAGUUGUGUAUCCACAUCACUGAGGACAUGUUGACCAUGUCACCUGAUCAAAGCAAUGGAUACUCAGGACUGAUCGUUAAAGAUGUUAGCUCCUCCACAUCCAGUUCCUCUGAGACCGUAGUCAAGAUGAGAGGACAGAGCAUCGAGUCCCUGCCACAGACCUCUGCCUGCAGGAAGCCUCAGUCCUCCACAGACCGUCACAGCCAGUCUCUCGACGACAUCCGGCUCUAUCAGAAGGACUGCCUUCAGUGGGCAGAGCUCUGCCAGGACACUGCCCAUAGCUACACGUUCGGCUGCGCCCAGGAGCUGAGUGAUGGCGGCGGCGGUUACCAGAGCCUCGCCGAACAGCGAGCAGGCAUGCUCAGUGAGCAGCACCCGUUUCCCAUCAAGAGAACCAACAAGUACUUCUCCUUAGACCUGACCAGCGACGAGGUCCCUGAGUUCGUGGUGUGACACUAAUGUAUAAAAGAGGCGACCUCAGGGUGACCUUUUCUGACUGGUGUCAGAUGUGGAGAUGUUUCAGCCCUCAGGGAACGAGAUGAGAGAGGAGCGCUGGAGAGGUGGUUUCUAUUCCUGGCAGCAGUCGGUAGUAAACUGGCAGUGAGUCUGCUGCUGCUAAGAUGAAAAACAUGUGAACAAACAUGGAGGAUUCUGGCUGAAACACAGACUUUAAGAACAAAAAAUAAAACCUGCGUCUUAAAAAUGUUACCUGAGCUGCUCCCCUGUGGGAAAGGAAACAAAAGGGAUCGUGUCAUCUUCUAAGAAACAUUUUAUUCAAAUGUGUCUCCUACAGACUCGCCCUCCUUUUUAAAAAGAGCGUGUUCAUGCACAUGGUGUUACAGCAGACAGAGACUCGUGCAGACACAAAGAGCAUAUCAAAGAUCUUCUAUGGAGGACACAAAGGUCAAAAUCACUCUGAGCUAAAAACCAAAGACAAGAAAUGGAAGAAAAAAACCUGUCUCUCACACAUUUCAAAGUCAUGGAUGGUGGGAGGGGAGACGAACCUUAACCCUUCCCUCCAUUUUUUUUUUUCUACACCACUUCAUUGUACCUCAACAGGAAGUGCAGUGUGCCAACUCCCGCCUCUCAGACUGGACUCUUAACCACGUGAACACACAAACCCGAUGUGCCUUCAUCUUUCUAUGCAGAUGUCAAACUUUCGCCUUGACAAUCAUACACCUUCACCUUUAAAGAUCCAAGCCAUCAGAGCUCCAAACUCUGCUUUAUGUUCAAACACAAACACACACUCCUUUAUCACAGCAAGCCUGUUUCUCCACAUUUUAACAUGUCAGAAAGAUUUCUAACCCCUUCAUGUCCUGUAAAAAUCUAACAGUUUUCUGGCAGGAAUGAGGUCGGGUUAGUCCCAACACGUCCUGACUUGUGCGCGGCCACAGAAGCUUCCCUGUAAUCUCAACUCAAAAUGGAGGCUUGGUUAACUGAGGGCCAAAACAAACCGUACAUGUCAAUGCACACAUGCUUGAAAGUCUUCCUUUCUGCUCGGCUCGAUUUCUUUGCUGUCUUCCUUUUCGUUUCAUCCCUGAUCAUAAACUGGAAUCUGUUACAUUUUAAUUUAGCCUUUUUACGUUUUACCUGAAAGCUUUUUACAUGUUGUGUUUUUGUAUAAGCUGUCCACACUUGUGUAUGUUGAACAGUUACUCUGCGUGCCGUUGAUUUCAUUCAGUAUUACCAACAAUAUGUACAUGACAGUAUUAAGGAUGUGUGAUGUUUGUGAACAAGACUGGUUUUAUUAUUAUUUUAGUCCUACAAACUCAAGAAGCUGUUACUUUAUACAAAUCAUGUUUUAAAGCUAUUAUGUGCAACAAAAAGGUGUUUAUCCCCAUAAAUCAUGCAGCCUAAAUUUAUCAUGCCACAGUAAUAUCUUUGUCUGAUUUUAAUCAAAACUGUCAUGUUUUUAAAGGCUGUAGCCUCUCUGAUGAAAGCACUACCCUUGUAUGAGUUUGGAAACACUGGACCCGAAGUUUAGUGAGACCACGAUUACAUUUUUAUUUGAAAUUAAACUUUAUGAAUGUUUUAAGGUCCCUAAGUUAUGGAAAAAGACUGAAUCAUGCUGGGGGCGGAUAUUAAAAGAGUAUUUCAUCUUUUGGAGAUUGCAUUUAUUACUCCUUUAUGCUGAGAGAAAGAUGAGGAGACCAGCUUUGUCAGUAGCUGCAGCUGCUUAAGUUUAAACUACAAGUGCAUGCUUGAAAAAGUACAGUUCAACUCUUUAUGGCAGGGUUACCAAUUUAGAGAGACUGUAGCUGCUUACAAAAGAAAAUAAUGGUCAACACAAUGACAAAAUGUAGGUAAUAGUUGGCCUAUUUGUGUUGGUUAAAUAGUUAACUGCUAUUUUUUAUGAAUUUUAAGAAGCACAUGCAAUAAUAGCCCAAAACAAGGUACACUAAAACAUAAUACAAAUCUGUAGCUUUUUAUGUAUCAAUCUCAUAAAGAAAUGUCCUUCAAAUGAAAUAAUAAAAUGCUAAUGCAAUAAUGGUUGCAUUUGUAGGGAUUUGUUUGACUUUAAAUAAUAGUCUUAAAGUAUCGUCCAGCCUUUAUCCUGUGGAGCCAGUGGGUUUGAUUUUUUAAAACUGCUCUGCAUUUAAAUACAUUUUUUAGGUGGUUAAUAUAUUUUAAUAAUUUGCAUGCAUGUUUUGUGAAACAGGUGCAUGAUUCAGGGAUUUAAAUUAGUGUUUUUUUGUGUUUCAUGCAUCAGUUUCAUACCAAACGUGCAAAUUUUAGUUAGUUGCACACAACUCUUUAUAAACAAAACACAUGCCAGUUAUCUAUAGAGAUGCAUGUUAUUGAAGUUUUCCGAUAUGCUAUUAUUUAAAAAAUUCUGUUCAAUUCUGAUAUUUAGAUGUAAUUCAGAUCUAAACCUUCAGUCCUUAAAACACACUCUUGAGGAUUAACAAUUCCAGUCCUUCAAACACAUUUUAAAUGUUAAGGAAUGACGAUGAAGAAAGCAAAGACUUCAGCUGAUUUAAGUCUGUUAGUCCAGCCUAAAACUCCCCUAACUUAUUUGUCUAUAUGACCAGUAUUUAUAGCUGAUAUAGGCCGAUUUUUACAGCCAAAAAAAUCUGUUGUAAAUAUCAGCAGAAAUGUUUUUAUCUGCCGAUGUGAUAUGUCACUUUUUUAGCUUACUUCUAUACUAACAUCAUGAAGACAACGCAGUGCAUCGCUACCUCUUUACUGUGUGCAACUUACCAAAACCCGUGGAAGUAAACAAUGACUAAAAAAGAUCAUUUUUGUUUACAUGUUGCCUUUGUGGGAAGUUUUUACAGCUUCAGAACCUAAAGAUAUUUACCUGUUCACUAACAUAACAAAUUCCUGCAAAUAUAAAAGCUAUUAUUCUACUUACAUUCUACAUUUAUUGAAGGCAACUGCUAUUACAUUUGUGGCAAAUGUAUCGUAUAUGUUUUAUUACAAGCUCAAGAUUUGUGUAAUGUAUGUGAACUGCCACUACACUGGCAGGUGUUUUAAGUACUAGAGUGAGAUAUAGGCCAAAAGCAGGCUACCUGUUACCCUCUGCUUCCAUCUCUGUAUAGCUCUAUUCACACUCGACAGCAGAGUAUUUCCACCCUUACUUUAGCCUGAAUAUUCCCUGCUGACCCCCUUGUGUAUUCCCACACCCCUCCAUUUACUGUGAUCAAGGAAGUCGGGGAAUGUUUUGGGUGGGUUACUCUGAUAUUUCUGGGUUGCAUGUUGGAAAAGGGUUCAUGCUAAACUAAGCUAACUAGCUUCAGUUGUUAUCUCUUCAGCAUCUUAAAAAAAAUUCCCAAGUAUCAGUCUUCUUAUCUAACUCUCAGCAUAAAAGUGAUAAAUAUGUUCACAGAAAGUCCCACUUUCAUGAAUUGCAGUGUCCCUGUGUUACAGGACAUUUUUUCCCCUCCCAUCGUGUCUAAAUUGAGGGUUUUAGGAUUGUUUUUAUAAGUGGUCUAUCAGUUGUGUCAGUGAGCUGAAACAGACAACAAAUGGUGUCUCUAUUUAAACUGUAGUUUGUAUAUGUUUUCUAAUAUCCCAGCAGUUCAGAGGGACUUCUUUUUAAUCAGUGAUUCCAAACUUGUAAACAAGACGUGAUAUAAUUUUAAAUCAGUUUGUUCUGGUCAGCGCUAAAUAGCCUCAUCUGAGUCAAAUCCACCCGAAACACAGUACAGCAACAGAAAACAUUAAAAAAAGACAUUCAUGUAAUGCAUAACAGAUAAAAUAAUUUGAUACCUCUAUAUAAUUUAAUACUUUUAUAUUUCUUACAUUGUUUCCUUUCCUGUUUUAAGGCUCUAUGUCUUCUCAUUAAUGAAAAUGUCAUAUUUUGAUGGACAGAGUUUCUUCUUUUAAACCGUAUGUGUUGAGGUACAUAGCCAUACAGUCAUAACCCAUGUCCUUAAAGUUGUCAUGAUUUGUUUGUCCUACAUUUCCUGACUUCACUGUACGGUCAAACUUACAGUUUGUAAGAGUCUGUAUGUCUGUGUCCAUAAUCCUUUCUGUGAAAGGAUCUCCCUUCAGGAUUUUUUUUUUUUUUUUCACCCUGUAGUUAAAAAAAAGUUACUAUGAAGUCUGGUCUGUGCCUUCUUGGUACUAAUGCCCUCAAUAUUCAAUAAAAAGGUACAUUUAUUUGCCAAAGUUC